CUGAACUCCAGAAGAAAAUCAAAGAUGUGGUGAAGUUGAUACGAGAAAAAGAUAUGGAAGGGUUAAUCAAGUUCACAAGUGAUAGUCCUUCCACUUCUAAGAAGUUAAGAGAGAACAAUGAUCCUAAGACCUACAGAAAAAAUGUCAAGCUCAUUUUGCACGACUAUUUUGUGAAAAUUGCAGGUCAUCCAGUUGCAGUAGACUCCUUCCUUCAAGGUCCUCUAUCGAACUUGCCCCUUCCAGAGGCACACCAUACCAGACAAAGACUUCCAGAUCAGUCUUUUGUUGUUAGUAAGGCUAUUGCUGGUAAGAGCGAUAGAAACGACGACUGGAGAAACCGUGAUUCUGAUCGUCGUGACAGAGAUCGUGGAGGCCAACAACGUGACAACGAUAAAAGAGAUCCAAGGCGUGAUAGAGAUAGGGAUGGACGUCCGAGAGACAGGGAUGAACGUCCUAGGGAUAGGGAUGAACGUCCGAGAGACAGGGAUGAACGUCCUAGGGACAGGGACGAACGUCCUAGAGACAGCUAUCGCAGAGAUGAUCGUGGUAACCGUGGAUCAUCUUACAAAGGCUCAAUCCCACCACCACCACCUCCCCCUCCGCCAGCGAAAAAAGACUCAUUCGACACUUCAAGAGGCCCUGAUAGAAGAGACCGUCGCAAUGACUACCCUGAUAAGAGAAGAAGACGCCGUUGAGUGUAUAUCUCUUAAAUGAUACACGUGAUUUAUAUCCAAUAGUGUGUGUGCUUUGUACGCCCAGAGCGAUGACCUGUGGCAGUGUGUAGGAUGAUGCUUGUGACCCCAACCAGGAGGAAGCCUGGUGAUUUAUAACAACCACGACAAGCCCGUACUUUAGCUGGUGACGCUGUCGAUUUUACAGUGAUAGAAGACAG